AUGGUCAAGCGACAGCUUCGUGACGCCGACGCCGCUUCUGCCGGCCGCAAGCGCCAGAGGAUAGUUGUCGAAACACCGACCCAUGAGGACGUCAACAAUGCGAGGCAGCUGAGGCAGCUGCUUGCCUUUGACCAGGACGUCAAGCGCGCGAGGCAUGGCAUUCAAUCCUUCAAAGUCUUCCUCGACAGCUUCAGCGCCACCCCUAGCGAGAACCAUGACCGCUUCGCCAUCCUGUCCGAAUACCUCGAGUCGACGAAGCCGCGAAUCUUCACCGAAGCGACCGUCUACCAGACCGACCUCAUGGAGAUGUGGGGCUACGCUUCGGGCAUUCACAACGAGAGCAUCACGGCGGCCGUCCCUGCCGUGCUGGCGCUGCUGCUGCAGGUCGUCUCGAGCUCCCUCGAGCUCCUCCCCCACGCGACCGGCAUCGGCCAGACCCUGCUCCAGGACCGCCAUCUCAAGCUCAUCUCGCGAAACCUCUCGGCGUCGAAGAGCAGCGGCUACAUCAUCUCGCCCACGAUGCGCCUGCUACGCGAGGUGGCGUCCAUCGACGGCGGUGCGCUCGCCAAGAAGGUGUUCCGCGCCCGCGACUACACGUUUGCCUCGUUUGCGCGGAACCUCGAGGUCCGGAACUCGCUCGAGGCCGGGCCCGAGGACCCCGCCAAGCCUUCGGUCCGCACAAACGCCAUCAAGCUGUUCUUGACGAGCUUGAAGUUCCUGCCGUCGGACGCCAAGAAGGAACUGCUCCUGCAGAAGGAGGUCAUGUCCCACCUGACCUUCCUGCUCAAGGACGAUCCGGCCUACCUCCUCGUCGAGAUGCUCGAGGCUCUGAGGAAACACGUCCUCGCCGACGACAAGGUGCCCCGCGAGGCCAAGUUCAAGGCCUUCAACACCAAGACGCUCGACCGCCUGGCGGGCCUCUACUACUACAAGCACGACGACGAGGUCGAGGGCCGCCUGACGGUCAAGGACGCCGUGCACCGCUUCCUGACCUACGUCUGCACGACCCCCGGCGCCGGUAUCCUGUAUACGGGCACGGGUAUGUACCCCAAGGACCUGGACGACGAGGCCACACAGGACGUCAAGGACACGGACGACUUUGCCUUUGAGCGCGCCGCCUGGGUGGACAGGUACACGGAGGAGGUGCCCGUGGCCAACUUUGUGCUCGACGAGUUCAUACAGAAGAUGCGCCCCUGGUCGAGCCUGCGACACAGCGAGCUGCUCGUGUCCGUGUUCGAGGCGGCGCCCGAGCUCGUCGCCAGCUACUUCCUCGCCAACAAGUCCUUCUCCUUUGAACCCAAGCUCUCCAUGACCUGGAUCGGCUACGCGGCCUUUCUCUUCAACACGGUGCAGCUUCCGAUCCCCAGGUACUUUGGCAACCGAUCUGGCUAUCGCCGCGUCCCCCCGCCGACCAUGGUGCUGCUCGACAACAUUAUGCCGUUGCCGCUGAAACAAAAGGACCUCAUCAGGAGCCUCUCGCACGACGCACAUCUCAUUUCCUUCUUUGCCGUACGCAUCCUGGUCCUCGCGUUACAGAAAUUGGACCGGGCGCUGCACAUGCACAGGGAAGCAGCGGGCACGAACAAGACGAUAUGGGACUCGGCGGCGCGCAAGCUCGUGGACGAGUUUUGCCAGAGGAUACCGGACAUGAAGGAGGUCACAAAAUGCUACAAGACCAUUCCCGAGGCGAACGUCCUGCAGAGGGAGGCGACGAGCCGCCUGCUGCUGCUGUACUACGAGAUUAUUCCCCAAAUGGCGCUCAUGGCCAACUUUGACGUCUCGCCCUUCCUCUUGAACGCCCUCCGCCGACUGGACGAGCAGAAAGAGAACGAGCAAGAAAAGGCGCUCGGUCUCAUGGAGCUCGAGAACCUGCUCGCCAUUGCCGGCUACUCCCCCGGCAUGAGGUGGUUCGCCAAAUCCGAGGCCCUCGCCGCCUCGCCCUUCGUUGCUCUCCUCCGUGUCUACGUCACGUCCAGCCAGGGCCAUGCGCUGACCAAGCUGAAGGAGGUGCUCCAGUUCGUCGCGACGCAGAACCAGCUUGUCCAGGCGCCGACUGGGUUGGGCCUCCUGUUCCGCACGCCGCAAGAGCUGCGCAAGAAGGACCUCAAGCCGUUUUGGGUCUUUCUCGACAACUGCGCCAACAGGUGUGCCGGCUCGCCCCUUAAAUAUGUGGAGUUGAUGGAGGAGAUUGCGAGCGAGGGACAGACCGCAGAAUGGGGCCCCAUCAGCUUGCUUCUGGUGACCAUGGCGGAGCAAAUACCCUUUGCCGUCAAGGAGGCUAGUGCUGAUGUUGUUGAGCUCUUUGCCAAGGUGUUAUCAUCACUUCUCGGUUAUGCCAAGGCGGCGAACGAGGACCCCGCCAUCAUCGACCUGCUGGCGCAACGAUUCAACAAGGCUUUCGCCGGUACAACGUCACAGGUCAAGGCUAAGUUCAAGGGCGCCCUGCUCGAGGGCGAUCUGGCGACAGCGAACGGCCACAGCGGGACGGCCGUCUCCAGGCCCACGCCCACGACGACAGGCCAGACCGCCGUCAAGGAGCUUGACGACGCGGCCCUCGAAGCAGCUCUCCACGUCAGCUUUGAGCCCGAAGAAGACAACUCGGCCCUCCUCAAGUGGGCGUCGAAGACGGUCGACGACCUCAUCGACGGUGACUACAUACCCGCCCUCAUCCGCCUCCUCUGGUCGCCGCACACGAGCAUCCGGCAAGAAGCGCUCACCAACAUUCUCAAGCUCGCGGCCAAGCUCAAAGAGUCGUCGUACGAAGAAAAGGACCAGCUCUGGCUCCUUCUCUCGGAGCUCGCCGAGUCUUCGCGGCCCCUCGUCGGCGCCGGCCCCGUCGCGUCCCCGCUCGUGGCGUUCGCGCUGCACAGCCUAGACAUCUUGAAGAACCCGCUGCACUGCCUCUACGCCAAGGUCAACACGUACCUGACGCGCGCGCCCCUCUGGGCGCUGGACAAGGUGCCGCUCGCGCACGACAUUCUGCACGGCGCGCCGUCCGAGGACGACAGGUACUACGCCGAGCUGACGUGGCUGCUGCAGUACCUCCUCGACGGCCUCCGCGCGCCCGGCGACGUCGCCGUGCUGCACCACCGCAAGUGGUUCGAGAAGAUCCUCGCGCUGGCGGCGAACCCGUACCUACGGACGAACCUGACGACGCGCGUGCUGCGCAUCGUGUACCGCGCCACGUGCGUCGACGGCGGCAGCACGACGCUCGCGACGCGGUUCGGCGUCGUCAGCUGGUUGGCGGCGCAGGAGGCGGGCGCGGGCGGCGACGAGGCGGCGCUGUGCAGGGCGCUGCGGAGGCGGGUCUGGGAGACGUGUGAUCAGGCGCGCGUCGGGGCGUGGAGUCGGGGCGGGAUCGCGGAGGAGCAGCAGGUUGGAUGA